AUGUCGUCAUCGAAUUCAACAACUUUGAACACAAGCACGACAUCUAAUAAUCCUUCAAUGCCACGAACACGUGGUACAUUUAUUCUAACUGUCACUACUAUUGAUGAUGCGACGAAAGACGUCGAACGAAUUACUGAGAAUAUCAAAAUAUCUGUCAUCGAAUUGAUGAAAUUAGCUGCAGCUGAAGCAACAGCACAACCAUCUAACAUUGUUGAAAUAUAUGUUUGUGAUCAAGAACUUGUCAUUUGUUUACUCAUAUCAUGUGCUGCAGGCGAAGUCGCGACGGCAGAAAAUUUCAAUCGCAUUCGUAACAUCGAAUUUCGCACGUCGACAUCCGUCAAUAUUUUAGAUUGUAUCCCUACUUUUCUAGACAAAAUAAUAGCACGGCAAUCGGCCUAUUACCGUGAUGUUUUUAUCCUUUACGAUGAUUCAAAUACAUAUUCAAUAAAAACAUCUUUUCAGGAGUCAACCGACCGUCGUCUUCGAGAAAUGCCCAAUGUCAAUUUUCAAUGGAUUGUCUCUUCGGAUCAAUUGUCAUCAGAAAAAAUAUCUGACACAUUUCUUGGCAUAUUUCCAGUUUAUUUUUUACGAACAGCAUAUGAUUCUGAUGGCAUUCGUCGCUUGAUAACUCUCGUCUACGAAAGCAGGCCUUUGCCAUCACACAUUGAAAAAGUAACCACUGUAUCGACGAUAGCUAGCAAUGAAAUGGUUAAUACACCAGUAUCAACUCGCACAAAUCUUCGUUAUGAAAAAAGAAACAAUACAACAAGCGAAGUUUCAGAACAAAAAGCAACAGCUGCAGUCAAUCAAUCCAACUCCAGAAAUAAUCAACGUGCGGGCACCUCACAAAAUAUUAAUAAACUAUUUGAGUUUUCACCUUCUUGCAAAUAA